ACAUGAAAUCAGCUCACCUGAAUUCCGAACGGAUUUAGAGCAAAUAAAACAAGACAUUUUUAAAUCUUCAAAUAAAAUAUUCACUACAGCACGGUUCACUAGCACGAAAUAUUUUGUUACGGAACGUUUAAACUUUGCACAGCUGACUCAGCAACCACUCCGAUACGACCGCUCUCGUCGAGCUCUCAAUCAUUACUGAAUCAAUAUGAAUAAUUACCACAAUAUCAGCAACUUCUCAACUACACAAAAAGCGCUGAUACACCGCUUUGCAUGAGAUUCUGGACACACAUGUACGGCAAUGGAGUUGGAACCCUCAGUGUAUUAAUAAGUGAUACAAGAGAACGCCAGGAGAGAGAAAUAUGGAGCUUAUCUGGAGAAGCUGGAAAUGCAUGGUAUCAAGCCGAAGUUCCCGUAUCAUCAUCAAAUUCUUUCAGGAUUGUCUUAGUUGGAAAAGUAGGUAGAAACAAUUUAGGUGAUAUUGCUGUUGAUGAUGUGUCUCUCACGCCCGGAAGUUGUCCAACUGCUCCUCAAAUAGCCGCACCCGGAUCAGGUGAUUGUACUUUUGAAGUUGAUGAAUGUGGAUGGAGCAAUAUAAUGUCGAGAGAGAGGUUGGAUGAUAUAGACUGGGAACGUACGUCUGGACAAUCAUUGCGUACUUCAACGCAUGACCACACUCUUGGAUCUGAAAAAGGUUAUCUGAUGACACUGGCAAGAAGCACAGUACAAAGACCAGGCAGUAGAGCUUGGUUCACAUCAAGAGAUCUGAAACAGGGCACAGGACCCCGUUGUCUUUCCUUCUGGUUUAUAAUGAACGAGCCUUUUAUAGAUAAUACAGGACCAAGUUUGGGAGCACUGACAGUUUAUGUGAAGGCCUCAGAUAAGGAAGGAGGAGCCUUGAAACCAGUGUGGAGGCUAUAUAAUCAUCAAGGUCCUGAAUGGCAGUAUGCCCAAGCAUCUAUAAAAAGUCCAGGGGACAUGAUUAUUAUUGAAGGUAUUUGGGGAUCUAGUAGAGCUAAUGGUUUCAUUGCUUUUGAUGACAUAACAUUUUUUGGAGGAUCCUGUACAACAAUUCCUGAUGGAGCAUUUGUUAGAACUGGCGAAUGUCGAUUUGAAAGGAAUAUGUGCGAUUGGACAAAUGGAACUGAUAAGUCACUUGUUUCAUGGAGACUUGCCACAGUUUCUAGAAGGCCUGCCAAUCUUCCCGACAAAACUUUCGGAGCUCCAGAUGGCUAUGUUUACUACGAUCUAUUCAACCAAAUUUUGGGGAACAAUAUGGUUCAGCUUGUAUCACCCACCAUUACAUCGGAAAACGGUGGACAGCUUUGCUUUUCGUUUUGGUAUGCAGCCUUUGGCGCUGGAGAAUCAGCAUUAAUGCAAAUUAUAAGACAUGACAAUUCUUCUGGGGAGCCUCAACCUGAUAAGGUUUGGAGUUUGGAAGCUAAAAACAUGGAUACCACUCGACCAACCUGGUUGCCAGCUCAGGUGACAUUGGACUCAACAUCAGAGUUCAGAAUUAUUAUUGAAGGCCAGGCCACAAACGGAGGAUUUGCUUUGGAUGACUUUUCUUUCUCUCCAGGAUCUUGUCCCACACGACCGGAAAAAGCAGAAAUCAGCAAUCAAGAUGGACAGUGAAUUAUGUAACAAAUUAUUAUCUUCUGCCUCCAUUGAAUAAUGCUUGUACUGCAAUACAACACAUUCUGGGUUGUUAUGUGUAGAAAAGAUCAAUAGUGAUAUCAUAAUUUAAUUUAAUAAUGUAAUUAUAUGAUCAGUGUAGAAUAAUGGAACAAAAAUCUGAUUCAGCACACACACUAUUUUCCUUGGCCUUGAAAUUGUUCUUAGCAUUAAUGGGCAGGACUAAGAUAGUUUGCUAGAUUUGCUGAUGUCUGUAUGAAAACUGGCUGAUGGUGGCUGAUGUGUCGAGCUGAAAACUGUAUCAAAUGAAGCAGUAAAGACUGCAAAUAAUUGUUAAGAAAGCUAUACGGUAACACCCUAGUCCAAAUUAUAGACAAAAUAAAUUCUGUAAAACUGAGAAUAUGCUAUGCUGAAAGGAAAGCAAAGAAAAAUUAAGUUCAUUGUUCCAAUCUAUCGAAUCAUUUGUUAAAGAAAGCUAAAUUCUCCUCAAUAUAUCAGUUUUGAAUGAAAUAUCAGAUCAUUGAUGUUCCCUCCAAGCUGGCUUUACAAAAAAAACUCGAAGACUUGAGUUCAUUCUCAUGUAUUAAAAAUUUGUUUGAAAUUGGGAAAUUUGUUCAAGACAGCUUUCCUCUGAAACUUGAAGUGGAGCUUUUUCAGUUGAACUGUGAUUCAGACCUUGCAUAAUGAAACAAUUGCUUUCUCAUUGGCCUGUUAUGCACCGGUAAUGAUGAACCCAAAUCUACAAUCCGUGUACAUAUUUCCAAUCACUAUCCUCCAUAAAAUUUAUCAGAUAGCACCAGCCAUUAUCAAUACCAAAUUCUAUUAUGUUUUAAGCAGAAUGCUUGGAUUGAACAGUGACGGUGACACUCCAUUACAAUUCCUAUAUCACCCCAUGACAUACCUUCUUAUUUUGUUUCUCAAUCCAAGUUCAACCUCCACUCCGCCACAAGUCGGUAACACUAUAGGAGUCCUGUAAUGGUAGCCACUCUACCCAAGCUACCCGCUCUUCAAUACUACACUAAUGGCCCUGGUGUCACCGGGCAAUUAUACAAUUUUUCUCCCAAUAAGGUAUUCCAACCAUCACCUCAGUCAAUCGCCGUCGUCAAAGAAAGCGCUCCCCCACAAGAAAUCAUAUUGUUUAUAGCUUGAACUACUAUUUCCAGUGUUGUACAUGCUCUUUGAUAACUUGAGUAAUAGAAUUUUCAAAACUAUAUUAUACCUCUAGUCAUCUCAAGUAUUUUCAGAAUGUCUCAUCUGAAAUGUUUUGGUGUUUUAAAAGCGAAAUAAUACCGUAUAGUUUGUAGCUGGAACUACAAUGAUUAAUUUGAAUUGUGCAUGAACUUGUCUAAUAUUAUAAUAAUCUUCUCAUCUACCAUUCACAAUGUAAACAUUAAACAUUAAUAGAACUGCAAAAUGUUGAAAGGAAUUUGUAAUCUCCAGUAUUUUCAAAAUGAUUCAUCAGGUGUUCUGUUCUGUUGGAAAGCGAAAUCAUGUUGUUUGUAGCUAGAAUCACUGCACUAGAAAAAUGUGUAUAAAAAUAGAUCUCAAGCCAUGAGUGUUAAUUAUAAAAAAAUAGCUCCAUAAAUAAGUACUUAGUGAGGGUUGGAUGGUGGGGUUGACCGCGGUGGUCCACCACCAAAACCUUUCCCAAAAUGAGGGUGGAGGCCGAUAUGUUCCACAACUCCCUCACCUAAUUCCUAUCAGAGUUCUGUUCAUGUCAGGUCACGAACUUUGCUCCAGGAAACUAUAUUUCGAAGAUUCCUUAAUAAUUUUAAACCAACGGUAAAGGAUAGAUUAUAUCGGGUGAGAAGUUGUCUGUAAUCUGUUCUAUUAAACUUUAUACAAUCAUACAACUUUGUAGAUACUAAAACAUUAAAACAUAUAUAGAACUCAAUUAUUACUGUACAUUUGGGGAGUAAUGUUGGCUUGUAGACUAACCAUAAAAAUUGUUCUUGAAAAAAUUGGGGGAAACUUUCUCUGAAAAGACGGAUUUUUUUGAAUUUUGUAAUAAUUUUCAGCAGACUACUACAAGUUGUUAUUUAUGUUUAUCAUUGGAACAAUAACUGUUUAUUAUUGUAGGUCAACAAUAGUCUGGUAACUUCUAUUUACCAUUAAAAUACAUUCUAUAAUAAUUUGUGGUAAUAAUAAUUAUUGAAGUUUUAAUUCCAUCAAUGGCAACUACUAUCUACUGUACUAGAAUUAUAACAAUAUUCUAUUUUAGAGAAUGGAGGAUAAAUAUAUUGACAUAUCUCAAAUAUCCAAUACAGAAUACAAAUACGAUAAGUAGUAUCAAGUACCGUAAAAUAUCAUGAAUCAGUUGAUUUUAAUAAUUGAAGAGAAGACUGCGGCCAUUUGAUCUCUUACUUUAAAAUAAAAUCCUAUAUUUCAUCAUAUAGUUACCAUUUUGUUUUCCCAUAUAUUCUUCCACAUACUUUGGUUUGAUCUUCAAUAACAAUAUUCGUGAAGUAGAAAUAAUUAUUUAAAAUGUGGCCAUGCCCUUACCCCUGCUCACUUUUAUUGGAGUAAAAUAUAAUCCCUUAUAUUCCACAGUAUUGUUACCAAUUAUUAUUUGCCGAAGAAUUCUUCCAUAUCUUCAAUCGUUAAGUUUAUAUUGAAACACUUGGUGUAUAACUGGAAAACAAUACAAUGAGGAUGCUUUUUUCUUCUGUUACUUACUAUUCAGUAAAAUACUUGAAUAACUUCUGAGCUCUACAAUCCAUCACAGGCGUUCAACCGUAUUAGCCUACAAUAGGUCUUUGAAUAAAUUAUAAAUAAGUACAACCCUUAGAAAGCCUAGCCUUGUAAAGCUAUUGGCUAAAAUGGUGAUAUCACGUAGUUUUUACUCCAUAUAAGGCUCUCGAGGUGCUGGAAUAUUGUGAGACUUUCGAUAUGAACAAGUUUUUUUUGUAGAUCAUCUGUAAACUAGACUUCCGGUUUUAUUUGACUACAUUACCUACUAUAUUCAAAAAGUGUGUCUUUGAUGUCAAAACAUCUUUUGAUGCUGAGAAAAUUUUACUACAACGCUUUGAAUAUGAAAUUUUAAAUUAAAAUAUUCAUAAUAUAAAAACAUAUGGUAUUGACGUUUGUAUACUCAAUCUGUUAUCGGCGAGCUUAUAAUAUGAAAAAAAUGUAAAAGGUUUAUAAAAAAUGUAUAGAAUCUAUCAAUUUCUAUUUAUCUUAAAUAGUGUAGUAUUUCAAUAGGCUAUUCAAGAAAAUUGCUUCCAACAUCUAGUCAAAGAUGUGUGAAAAUUACCAAUAUUACUAUUAUAUCAUAUUUGUACUGUUUCUAGAUUAAAAUGUUUUCUUUGAUGAUUAAAAA